AUGGCGUGCCCGUCAGUCACUGGGACAGCCUGCUCAUUCACUCCUUUGUAUGUACCCCCCUCCACUCGCCCUACCCACGUGACCAUUCAGACUUCAGCAUUUUUACCAGUCCACUCAACUGUCAAGUCACCAAACUCAACGGCGUUGAGGUGUCUAGUAAACAGUCGUGCCUCGUUCUCUCCGGCCGUAUUCAUCUUAGCGGACGCUUGCCUGGCAGGUCUCUUUAAGCCAUUCUCGGCUUCGUUCUCGACUCUCAACAAAGUCGUAAGGCCCCAACUACCUGACUCCAGCGCUCAGGCGCCACGCGCCACCUGUCUUCCGAUCAACCUUUCAGAUAUCCCGCUGGAGGAAGAAGGUUGA